GAUGGCGGUCACAAUGGCCGCCGAGAGACCGGCGAGCGGUGAGAGCAUCCGUGCAGUCAAUGUUGUGAACCCCUAAUACGAUCCCGUGGCGCGCAGGCGCAACACGAUCUUCUUAGAGUAUCCAUUUUGAUCACAUAUAUCUGUAAAACAACUAUGGCUGACAUCGAGGAUACUCACUUUGAGACUGGAGACUCUGGAGCUUCAGUUACGUAUCCUAUGCAGUGCUCGGCACUGCGCAAAAAUGGUUUUGUCAUGUUAAAGUCACGUCCCUGCAAGAUUGUAGAAAUGUCGACUUCUAAAACUGGCAAGCAUGGUCACGCCAAGGUUCAUUUAGUAGGUAUCGACAUAUUUACCUCCAAGAAAUAUGAGGAUAUUUGUCCAUCCACACACAAUAUGGAUGUACCGUUUGUUAAGCGGGAAGAUUACCAGCUUACAGAUAUAUCUGACGAUGGCUAUCUUUGUCUGAUGGCUGAUAAUGGAGAACUUCGCGAAGAUCUCAAGAUACCUGAUGGCGACUUGGGAACACAACUGCGUGCUGAUUACGAGUCUGGAAAAGAAUUACUUUGCACUGUACUCAAGGCAUGCGGUGAGGAGGUAGUAAUCGCCGUCAAAAACAACACCUCCCUCGACAAAUAAUUGUGUUCAGCCCGACAACUACGACGACAAAAAACCCAAUAUACAUUCGAGCUAAAACCACCCGCUUAGCCAAUCAAUUGAUACCUUUACUAUUGGUCAAACAGGAUAAACAACAAUAAUAAUAAAUCUAUAGGAAGAUGAUGAAGAGAGUGGAAGAGCGAAAUAGAAAUGGAGAGAAAGAGAGAGAAUGAGCGAGAGAGAAAGAGAGAGAGAAAGAAAAAAGCAUAAGCAAAUAAAACGGGCUAGCAAUUCCUAACAACAGCAACGCGCCAGUGCGAAAAGCGACUUUUAUCGAAGUAACAUCUGCUUACUUAAUUAUUAUUCAACAAUAUUUAAAUGAACAAAUCCGGGAAAGCGAGAACUGCGUAUACGUACACUCAGUUCUAUACAUUUAAUACAUACAUAUACACACAUAGACAACACAGAUAAAUAGCGUAUAUGUGUGCACACAUACAUACAGGACAUAUUUACACAUAUACUUAUACAUUCACACACGCGUUGUUUGUUAUACAAGAAAGUGGUGACAACUUUUCAGCAGAAAGUUGAUUGAAAAUAAAAACUGAGAAAGCCUUGACACACAUCCUGGACCUUUUUUUUUUUUAAA